AUGUCAACAGGUAUAAUAGGGACUGCGGCCACGGCCGCAGUCCCUAUUACUUGUGAUACAUUCAAAACCAAGUAUCACCCAAACAGCAGACGUGCCCCAGCCAUUGAGACCUUCUCUGCCUUCGGACACUCCAUUGAGGCAGAGGCUAGGUCCCUGCCCAUCGUUGACGAUGAACCGUGGCAACCUUUUAUGUGCCAUGCGGACUUUGAGUUUGCAGAGCUCGCACACCAAGCAGCACUCAAUAAGGACCAAACCGACAAGAUGCUGGCAUUGAUAUGGCAGAUCACUGAGGGUCAUGCAAAGUUUACAUUCAAAUCUCAUGCUGAAGUGUCGAAAGCCUGGGAUCGAGCAGCCACUCAGAUGAUGCCCUUCGAGAAGCACGUCAUCUCUGUCCCAUACAAGAAAGAGGAACUCAAAUUCAACGUACAUACACGGCCGCUGUGGGAUUGGGCUUUGGACUUGUUGCAAGAUCCGUCACUGGCACCACACUUUAUAUGGGAUGUGCAGCGUCUAUCGCUGGUGGUGAAUUCAAGUAUGCAUUAUCAUUCAUCAUUGCCGAACAAUGGUGUUCCAUUCGCUUUCAUCCUCUACACUGACAAAACCCAUUUAACCUCAUCUGGACAUGUGAAGGCAUACCCAGUAAUCGCCCAUUGUGAAAAUCUUCCUGUUCACAUAAGAAAUGGCAAUGGAAUUGGAGGAGGCCGUGUGGUCGGCUGGCUACCAAUUGUUCCUACAGAUUCUAGCGAGGAUGGCAAGCUCAGCUACAUGAAUCUCAAAUGUGUUGUCUGGCAUGUGGCGUUCAUUAAGUUGUUGGAGUCCAUCAUCCUGUACUCCAAAACAGGGUUUGCACAUAUAUGCUUCGAUGCUGUCAUGCAGUGGUUAUACCCACUAAUUCUACUUCUAUCUGCAGAUUACGAAGAACAGGACCACGUUCCUGGAGAAGCAGUACUGAAGGCACACGGCUUAUGUCCUGUUGCAAAUGUGCUCUGGGAAGUUGAGAACUCUAAUCCUCACAAGAUGCUCUCGUUUGAUCCCUUACAUGUCAAUGAUAUUGGUAACUGGGGCACCCACUUUUUCGAGGAGCUCAAAAUACAUGUGAAGGCUCUUGGUCGUGAAGCUGAGGUGAAGAUUGAUGAACAGUUCGACACAUUUCUGCAAUGGCAUAAUUUAAACCAUUUCAAGUCUGUCAUGAAGAUAUCGUUUAGUGAUGGCAACAAACUUAGGGAUAUCGCUAAGCAAAUGCUGUAUGCAGCACAAAACAUAUUGACAUGCAAUGAAGAUACUGUUGGCUAUGUGCUGUUGCAGUGUAUAGCCAGCUACCUACAACUGACCAUGUACAUAGUGCUCAAUGUGCACACCGAAGCCACACUUGCUGCUGGAGAAGCGGAGCUUCUAGUGUUCGAAAUGCACCUACAUGCAUAUAUUGACAUACAGGGUGAAGAUUUUACCAAGAACUGGAAUUUUCCCAAGGUGCAUGCCCUGAUGCAUGCUUUCCCUGACAUCUGCACAAAAGGAGCAGCAUGCAACUUCAAUGUUGCCAAUCAGGUCCUCAAGCUUGAUCAUAUCAGUGUAGUUUCUGAAUUGGUCCGCAGUCGUAUUUCCCACCUCAAUGAAGAUCAGUGCAAAUGCACAAUGUCACAGGGAGAACUUGAAGACAAUGAUACACUAGAUGAUCAGCCAUUUUUGGGCCAUCUCUACAUUGGCGCUCCUCAAAUUCCUGUCACUCUCACUGCAGUGGAGGAAGGCAACACAUCAAACCGCGCAUUUCAGGAUUUCCAAAAGAAGUUCACAAAGUUCCUCAAUAAUUUCAUUGUUUCAAACAACAUUCCUUUGGAUGGUGUUACAUGGUUGCGGCCUACAGCUAACAAUAAAGUUGUUUCAUUCGUCUACAUCCUUCUAAAUGUCUACUGA